CGAUCUUCACAGGGUGAGAGAGGCUUGCCAGGUUUGCCAGGUUUGGUUGGGUUUCCUGGAGUACAAGGACCUGAAGGACCCCCAGGAACCUCAGGACUGAAGGGUGACACUGGAGAACCAGGACUACCGGGGACAAAAGGGACAAGAGGUCCACCAGGUCCAGCGGGUUUCCCAGGAAAUCCUGGUCUUCCUGGCAUCCCUGGAGGAGAUGGACCCCCAGGUCCUCCUGGUAUUCCAGGAUGUAAUGGAACAAAGGGUGAGGCAGGCCCUGUUGGUCCCCCAGGUUUACCUGGGUUACCUGGAAACCUUGGACCUCCAGGACUUCCGGGAACAAAGGGAGAUCCAGGAGAAAUUAUUGGAUUUAUACCAGGUGGUAUACUAAGAGGAGAAAAGGGGUUUCCUGGUUCUCCUGGAUUGCCGGGGUUACCUGGAUUACAAGGUAUUGAAGGCCCUAUUGGGACACCUGGACCUCCUGGAAGACCAGGUCCUCCAGGUCCACCUGGUUCCCCAGGUCAAAAGGGUCACAUGGGACUGAGUUUCGAAGGACCAAAAGGUGAUAAGGGUGAACGGGGUGUCAUGGGCCCUCCUGGUCCCCAAGGAGCUGCUUCACAACAGCAAGAAAAAGGGACCACAAUCAUACGUGGAGAGAGGGGUGAUCCUGGUGAAAGGGGUGAUCCAGGUCCACCAGGAGAGCCAGGACUGAAUAUCAAAGGAGAGAAAGGUGAACCUGGAAAACAUGGUACAUGGGGACAACCCGGGAAGGAUGGAGAAGAUGGUGAGAAGGGAAGAGCAGGAGAAACAGGCCCACCAGGAUUUCCAGGACUUCCUGGUCCGACUGGCCCAAAGGGAGACAAAGGUGCCCCAGGUCUACAAGGACCUCCAGGAAUAGUUAUAACUACAGGGGAAGAUGAGGUAUUUGGUGAAAAGGGGGACCAAGGUCCUCCAGGAUUCUCAGGACCAAAGGGUGAACCAGGUGAAAAAGGUUUUCCAGGUAUACAAGGGCUACCAGGUCCUCCAGGGCAACCCAGUCCAGGGAUAAUGGGAGCACCUGGUUUUCCUGGAGAGAGAGGAGAAAAGGGUAACCAGGGUCCACCUGGACUUUCUCUUCCUGGGCCAAAAGGAAGAGAUGGAUUUCCAGGCCCUCAAGGUUUACCGGGGCCUCCAGGCCCACCUGGAAAAACAGAUGGAAUCUGGGAUUGUCUGCCUGGUCUGCCUGGUGAUCCCGGCCCUCCAGGUCCUCCUGGCCAGCAUGGCUUCUCAGGAGAAACGGGACAGAAAGGUGAAAAGGGUGAAGGCUGUUUUACCUGUGAUCUUCCUGGCCUUCCUGGACCACCAGGCCCCCAAGGGUUUCCAGGGGAACCAGGUAUUCCAGGAUCACCAGGUGCUAAAGGUGACAGAGGCAUUCGUGGUAAUGACGGCAUCCCUGGAGUAACUGGACUUCCAGGUUUACCUGGAUUGAUGGGAAGCCCAGGAGCAAAAGGAGAACCUGGAGAUAUUUUCUUUGACUCAAAUUUAAAGGGUGAAAAGGGAAAUCCUGGUUUCCCUGGAGUUCCCGGUGCUCCCGGUAGAGAAGGAAGACCAGGUCAGGAUGGUUUGCCAGGUGCGCCAGGACCUAAGGGUGCAUUGGGAAUAUUUGGAUUAAAAGGAGAACGUGGCCCACCAGGAAUAAGUGGUUUCCCAGGACCACGUGGAGAAAGAGGCUUUCCUGGUCCCGCCGGAAUUGGACCUGUUGGGCCAGCUGGUGAUAAAGGAGAGAAAGGCGUAUCAGGGAUACCUGGUGCACCAGGACUGCCAGGACCCAAAGGAGAAGCUGGCCACAUUAUUUCCCUGCCUGGUGCCCCAGGAGCAAAUGGUGUUCCUGGACCCCCUGGAAUUCAAGGCAUCCAAGGUGACAAGGGAGAUCCAGGGCUCCCAGGAAGAUCUGGCCCACCAGGUGAAAAAGGUCUGACAGGGCCACCAGGAAUAGGGUUUCCUGGCCUACCAGGGCCUCCAGGUUUUCCUGGUCAGGCAGGGCCACCAGGCGUAAUUGGGGAGAAGGGUGAUUCUGGUCCCCAGGGGUUACCAGGUGCUCCAGGGUUACAAGGUCAAAAGGGUGAACCUGGAAUAGGACUCCCAGGUCCAAAAGGUUUUCCUGGCCUACAAGGGCAAGAUGGGCUCCCUGGAACAAAGGGUGAGCAAGGGUUGCCUGGUAUACCAGGAGAAAAAGGAUUUCCAGGUGUACCUGGCCAGCCAGGAUCUCAAGGUGAUCCUGGUCCUGCUGGAUUGCCAGGUUUACAGGGCUCCCCUGGUGUUCCAGGAAUAGGCCCCCCAGGUCUUCCUGGCUCCCCAGGACAAUCUGGGCCCCCAGGACCAAUAGGACCCCCAGGAAUAAAAGGAGAAAGGGGCUACCCAGGCAUCCCUGGGCUAGAUAUGCCGGGGCCAAAAGGAGAUAAGGGUAGUCAAGGACCAUCAGGACUGCCAGGCUUGCAAGGGGUACCAGGCUUACCUGGCCUACAAGGACGAGAAGGGCAGCCAGGUGCUACAGGAAUCAAAGGAGAAAUGGGAGUUAUGGGGACUCCUGGAUUCCAAGGUCCUCCUGGCCCUAUAGGUGCUCCUGGACUUCCAGGUGAAAAAGGCAGCUCGGGACUUUCUGGAGUGUCAGGUCUCAAGGGUGAACCUGGUUUAAAAGGUGAGAAGGGUGAGGCCGGUUUACCAGGAGAACCAGGAUCCAUGGAUCGUGUAGACAUGGAACACCUGAAAGGUCAAAAGGGAGAUCAGGGAAGUAAAGGACAACAGGGACCAGAAGGAGAAAAGGGAGCUCAAGGGGAUCCUGGCACAUCAGGAAUGCCAGGGAAGGAUGGUGAACCUGGAUUUCCUGGCACAGCAGGGCCCAAAGGGGAUCCAGGCACUCCAGGAUUCCAGGGUGAACCAGGUUAUCCUGGACAAAAAGGGCUGACAGGAGAAAUGGGUCUGCCAGGUCCAUCAGGAGAAAAAGGUGUGCAGGGUCUUCCAGGUGAGGAAGGUAGACCAGGAUUUCCUGGAGCAAAAGGAGUGAAAGGUGAAAAAGGAGACCCUGGAUUUCCUGGAAUUGGUUUCCCUGGGGUUCCUGGUGAGAAGGGAGAACCAGGAAGGACUGGUAGUCCAGGAACACAUGGAGAAAAAGGUGAAAAGGGUGUUGUAGGAAUUCCAGGUAUCCCUGGUUCUCCAGGUGCCAAAGGGCAGCCAGGUCUUCCCGGUUCUCCAGGUACUCCAGGAAUCCCAGGUGGAAAAGGUGAAAAGGGAUUCCCAGGCUUGGAUGGUUUUCCAGGUUUGAAAGGACAAAUAGGUGAUCCUGGACCCCAAGGUCCACCAGGCCUUCCUGGAGAAAGAGGUGAGCCAGGUUAUGAUGGAAUCCCAGGAUCACCUGGUGCAAAGGGUGACCCAGGUAUUCCGGGUAGAGGACUUCCUGGACUUCUGGGUGCAAAGGGAGAAAGAGGUCCAAAAGGAGAUGUGGGUUUUCCAGGAACUCCAGGAAGCCCAGGAAUUCCUGGUGUAAAAGGAGAACCAGGAUUUAUUGGUCCACAAGGUCCCCCUGGCCAACCGGGCAUUCCUGGAUUACCAGGCAGAGCUGGAGCGGGUCCUAAAGGUGACCGCGGACCCCAAGGUCGACCUGGGCUGCAAGGGCUACCUGGGCCCCAGGGAUCUCCAGGUGUUCCAGGGCUAGCAGGAGCAAAAGGAGAAAAAGGAAGCUCAGGUUGGGCAGGACCAGCUGGAACACCUGGAGUGAAAGGUGACCGAGGAUCUCAAGGAAUCCCUGGCAUUGCUGGCUUCCUUGGACCUGCUGGUCAAAAGGGAGACAUGGGACCUCCUGGGAUUCCAGGUCCUCAAGGUCCAAGAGGUUCUUCAGGAUUCCCUGGACCCAAGGGAGAACAAGGUGAUCAAGGGUAUCCAGGAGCAAAAGGCUUUCCAGGUCCUCCAGGUCCUCCAGGAGCUUUCCAAAUGUUGAAAGGUGAACCAGGCAUACCUGGCCCUUCAGGCCCAAUUGGCCCCAAAGGACUUCCUGGUCCUCCAGGACCAAAAGGACAGCAAGGUGUCACAGGACCUGUUGGUUUGACUGGUCCACCUGGUAUCCCAGGAUUUGACGGAACGCCUGGCCAGAAAGGAGAAACAGGCCCUGUUGGACCCCCAGGUCCUAGAGGCUUUCCAGGUCCACCUGGUCCUGAAGGUUUGCCGGGGUCAAUGGGUCCACCAGGUAGUCCCUCGGUAGCUCAUGGUUUCCUUGUGACCAGGCACAGCCAGACCACUGAUGAGCCAUCAUGUCCUUCUGGGACAAGACUAAUGUUCUAUGGAUAUUCUUUGCUUUAUAUACAAGGAAAUGAACGGGCCCAUGGCCAGGACUUGGGUACAGCAGGAAGCUGCCUACGUAAAUUCAGCACAAUGCCUUUCCUGUUCUGUAACAUUAACAAUGUCUGUAAUUUUGCCUCAAGGAAUGAUUAUUCUUACUGGUUGUCUACUCCUGAGCCAAUGCCAAUGAGCAUGGCUCCCGUUACAGGAGAUAACAUAAAGUCUUUCAUCAGUAGGUGUGCUGUAUGUGAAGCUCCUGCCAUGGUGAUUGCAGUUCACAGUCAAACCAUUCAAAUUCCACCGUGUCCAGAGAGCUGGAGAUCCCUGUGGAUAGGCUAUUCCUUUGUGAUGCAUACAAGUGCUGGAGCAGAGGGUUCAGGGCAAGCUCUAGCAUCUCCGGGAUCCUGUCUUGAAGAAUUCCGCAGUGCUCCAUUCAUUGAGUGUCAUGGCAAGGGCACCUGCAACUACUAUGCUAAUGCUUACAGCUUCUGGCUUGCAACUAUUGAGAGAAAUGAAAUGUUCAAAAAACCUACUCCUUCAACACUGAAAGCAGGAGAACUACACUCAAAUGUUAGCCGUUGCCAAGUCUGUAUGAGGAGAACAUAAUGACUUUUCAGGUGUACCUAAUAUCACAAUAUGGUGCUAUUCUGUUAAUGACAGUGAAGCUUAGGCAUGUAUUCUAUGUACCUCAUCAUUGCCUGAUACGGAAACCAUUGCGUACCUUACAGGAAAUUUCCUAACCAGACUCCCUGCUUUUUUGGUCCUUUACUUGCUGAAGGGGAAAUCAGUAUUUUAAUAGACGUUGUCAUAUAUGAAUGUGAUGCACUGAUGAGAUACUUGCCCUAAAUCCAGAAGGAAAGAAACCAAAGGUGCUAAGAAGAAUACAGCUCUGCCUCAUGCAGACAACUUCCCCCUUUUUAUUUGUAUAUGCAACUCUAUUUACAGCUUUUGUAUAUAUUCAUACUAAUAUAAAGAAGUAUUUCCUCUUCAUUAAAGUGUGUUGCUUUAAGAGGAAACUUAAUUUUUCCCCAAAUGUCUUAUUCUAGACUAUAUGCUCAGUUUUCCUGUGCAAUACAGAAUACUCCAAUAUGUGUGGAACCAUAAAUUAGUUUAGUAUUUAUUGGCAACAAUUUCGAAAAGGUAACUUUUCCUUUUGGUUUGGGUUGGGGAGGUGAAUUUGCAGUAACUGUCAUAUCCGAAUGGGCUGAACAUUCAUUUUCCAUGUUGAUAACUGUAUCUGAUCUGCUAUUUCUAAAGUAAAAUGGGGUUCCUUGAGCUUAUAUAUUCAGGGUUGUAAGCACUAAUACACUGAAUUAUUUGAUUUUGAACAUUGAUCUUGCACAACUAGGAUUUGUUUUAAAAGUGCAGUUUUAUUAGGUCUAUAAAACGCUCUUUGGAAAAAGUUUAAAAGAUUAUAACAUAUAAUCAAGCCAAUGUAAAAAUAAAAAAACAAAAGGUCUAAAUAAUUCAUUGAUGGUGUACUUCUUGAUUUGUAAUAAAACUUUAUUUGUGUAAAA